GAAAUGUGUGGAUCCAACAUCCUGCACGCAUAAUACAUGUAUAAGAAUGUAAAAACUAGAUGGCCGUUAUUAACGGAUCUUUGAGAGCUACUGAGUCACGUGGAUACUGCACAGCCGAUGCUUCCUGUUUCGUGUGUACAGAUGAUUCGCCUUAUGUGCGAUCUAGAUGCACAAGAUGAUGGGUCGUAUGUCAUAGCAAUUACACAUCAUUACUUUAAGCGCUGCAUCCCAAGGGUGACAAAUACCGAUCGAAGAGUGCCAUGGUUACUUCAUGGCUAACAAAUAAUCCCUGCGGCUUCUGUCUUGCUAUUCGACGCAGGAACUCUUCGCAGUUUCGUACUUCAACUCGCCGGAUAUAGACAGACAUCACGAAGAGUUUAUGUCAAGAAAGAUAAAUUUAGAAGCUACACUCUUAGAGAAGAAGCACUCGCAAUUAAGCUCUCAUUAAUGCUGAAAGUGCAUUAAUAAUGUGAUAAUAAUUAAUAAUUAUCUCAAUCUACGAUUUAGAUCAUUACUCUCCAUGACACUUCGUUGAUCAUGCUCCGUCCGUCAUCGAAGUUUCAAGGACGAGCCAAAGGUAAAGUACGAAAAAGAUGGCGGCUGUUCCACGCGACGGACUUUCAAUCUUUGAUGUAUCCCUGUUUCAUUUUUUGCCGGAUUAUUGGAAUAUUUCCGUACAAGAUUAGCGCUUCGACCUUCGAGAUCUCGAGACCGCGUUACAUCACGUCGACCAUUGUCCUGUGCAUCUUCUGCAUUACUGGACUGGCGAUAUUUUAUGAGAUGGAUAUUUCCGCAAGGAUCGAAUUUGCCGGCGUACCUGCGGCUCUUCAGGCUAACUGCUUCUUCUUAUUAGGCACUUUCAUAACGAUUGUCACGUACAUCUUGAGCGCUCCGCGAAUGCGCUUGCUCCAGAUUAUAUUGGAUAUCUCUUCAAGGCUACCUCCUGAAACAUACGAGAAGCUAUCUAGACUAAUCCAUGCCAAGGACAUCCUCGGAUUUAUUCUUCUAAUGGCGCAAGCACCCAACUGUUACUCCGAAAAUUAUCUCAAUAGCUUAGUCAAGAUCUUUGCGCUGUACAUCGUUUUGGUAGUCUUUCAGAUGGAUAUGCUAUACAUGAAUUGCGUUUGUGUACUGAAGGCUUGUUUUAAAAAGAUCAAUGAUAAUCUGGCGAAUCUGCGAGAACUCGUGGUAAAUGACGAGCCGCAUCUCCUUAGACGGAUCUACCAUGAGCAAAGGAAUCCGUUCUUGCUGAUGGAGCUUAAGGCUCUGAAGAAACGGCAUCUGAUGGUCAGUGACGCGGUACAACUGCUGAACGUGAUUUUUAGUCUACAGCUCCUUGCUACCAUAGUCAUAACCUUCGCCGAGAUCACUUUCAGCCUAUAUUUUUAUAUAGUGCAACAACAAAACGGCGUAGCUCUCGUCAAUUUGGACAAACAGAUCUGGUUUCAAUAUUACAUUACAUCCAUCUUGUAUUUUUCUAUAAAAAUAGCGUUGAUAGUGUGGGCUUGCGAGACCGCCAAGGACCAGGCUCUGGAGAUUGGCACAACUGUCCACGAAGUGCUCAUCAACACUAGUGAUAAACAGAUCAAAGACGAGUUACAGCUGUUUUCUUUGCAAAUACUGCAUCGAGAGAAUGCAUUCUCUGCGAAAGGUCUCAACGUGGACGCGUCGCUUCUCACUGCGGAUAUAUUCGUUUGUCUCUCCUGCGCUAUAGUUCUGUUCCCGACAAAUAAACAUCACAUCAUCAGCGACGUCAAUCAUUAUUUGAUUCACACUUAUUGCUCGACUCGUUCUUUAUCAUCAUGCAAAGCUGGUGUGGCACAACGGCAAAAUGCAUUAAAAAAUGUCGGAGACGGAUUGAAUCAACUUGUAUCAACUUGAAUCAACUUGCUAAUAUUGUGUGAUAAAAUUCGGCGUGAGCAAACACGAUUAUCGUCUCGCCGAAACUUGCGUAUAACAUGUUUCAAUUUUCAUUCAAGGUAAUUUCGAGUCCGUGGUAAUUAUAAAAUAUCUAACGUGUCGAAAUGAUGUGAAUGAAAAAUGUUCGUGUCGAAUUUCGAUGAGCAAAUCGUACCAUGAAUUAUCGUUUUCACGUCACUGGGAUAAAGCGAAUAAGCGAUUUUACGAACUCUCCGAUGUAUGGGUAUAUCUAGACAAAUCGUGGUGUGUUAUGCGCCAUUUAUCAUUGUACGUCGCAUUUAUUAUCCACCGUGCGGUCACACGCGCGCUAUAAAAGCGCGGCGAUUAAAAAUGUGCUCGCGAGAGCGGAGUGUUAUCCAUCUACACGCGCCUACUUCCAGGGUUAACUGAAAGAUUAUCGCUUUUUUUUUCUCGCGCACAAAAUUUUGCGAACGAUCUUGCAUCCAAUACUUUUAUG